GUUAACAACAACAGCAACAUUAUAACACCAAACAAUGAAAAUAAUCAUUAUUCUGUGUGUAAUCAUCAUAACAUCUUCAUAUAAACAAAAUGGCGGAUGUAGAAGUUAUCCAGAAGCAAAAGAAACAAACCGUAAGUUAAUUAAAGGUUAUCCCGCUGCGCCAGGGCAAAUAAAAUGGCAGGUAGGCAUCUAUUACAACUCCAGUGGUGUUACACACUUCUGCGGUGGCGCCCUCAUCAGUAACCAAUGGGUACUAACAGCUGCGCACUGUGUUUACAAUUCACAAAGUUUUGAUGUGUUUUUGGGUGGUACGCAUGCGUAUAGACGACAAUAUGGUAAAAUAUUGACGAAAAUCAAAAUGGCCGUCUUGCAUCCACUGUAUAACACGUCUACAUACGAGAAUGACGUCGCCAUGAUACAACUUAUCAGACGUGUGAGUUUCUCGUAUUUUAUUCAACCCAUAGCACUACCUAAACACAAUAAUUAUCUUAAAAGUAAUGAAGAUGUAUGGGUUAGUGGGUAUGAUAGCGGAGGUUGUCUUGUACAAUAUAUAAAUCAAAGAUGGACGCAUGUGGGUAUAGUUAGCUUUACAAGUUCAAUUGGUUGUACGCGCGGUGCACCGAGUGGAUUCGCACGGACGGCGGCCAUGCUGGAUUUUAUCUACGCCGCCAUUUCACAUUAUUCAUAAUAUUAUUGA